AUCCGGCCCCCGCUGCGGGACCCGGCCACGUCUGGACGAGCCCCGCCUGGGCCGACGCGUGCGGAGGAUGGAAACACUCCCCCGGCAAUGUCUCUGGGCCGUCUCCUUCGCCGGGCCUCCUCCAAAGCCUCGGACCUCCUGACCCUCACCCCGGGCGGCGGUGGCGGGCCCCUCUCCGUCCUGGAUGGGGAGAUCAUCUACUCCAAGAACAACGUGUGCGUGCACCCGCCCGAGGGACUGCAGGGGCUGGGAGGGCACCACCCAGGAUACCUGUGCCUGUACGUGGAGAAGGACGAGCUGCUGGGCAGCACCGUCAUCCUCGCGUGGGUCCCCAACUCUCGCAUCCAGAGGCAGGACGAGGAGGCGCUGCGCUACAUCACCCCCGAGAGCUCGCCCGUGCGCAAGGCGCCCCGCCCACGGGCCCGGCGCGCCCAGAGCCUGGGGACCCCCCACCAGCCCUCCCCUACGGAGCCCAGGCCUGCCCUGACCCCCAGAGAUGAGGACGCCCUGGUGGUGGCGCAGGGCAACCCGGACGCCGUGCUUGUCAGCCCCUCCCCCCCUUCCGAGGACGGGGAGAAGCUGGCCCGGGGCUUGGGGGUGACCCCCCCGCCGGCCCACCGCGACUCCGUCAGUUCGCAGGACGGGGCGGAGGAGGGGCGGGAGCCGCGGCCGGAGGCCAGCGAGGAGGAGGGCUCCCUGGAGCUGUCCGCGGAGGGCGUGAGCAGGGACAGCUCCUUCGACUCCGACUCCGACGCCUUCUCCUCGCCGUUCUGCCUCUCGCCCAUCAGCGCCGCCCUGGUGGACAGCGGCAGCUCCGUGUUCCUGGACAGCGAGAGCGGCUCCCCCUCCAGUGCCGACGCCCAGCUGCGGUUCCCGGACGGCCCCGGCCUCCUGCAGACCCCGCGCUGGGACGAGCCGCAGAGGGCCUGCGCCCUGGAGCAGAUCUGCGGCGUGUUCCGCGUGGACCUGGGGCAGAUGCGCUCCCUCCGCCUCUUCUUCAGCGAUGAGGCCUGCACCAGCGGCCAGCUGGUGGUCGCCAGCCGGGAGAGCCAGUACAAGGUUUUCCACUUCCACCACGGCGGCCUGGACAAGCUGUCCGACGUGUUUCAGCGCUGGAAGUACUGCGCGGAGACGCAGCUCAAGGACCAGCAGGUCGCAGAUGAAAAGACGUGCAUGCAGUUCUCCAUCCGCCGCCCCAAACUGCCAUCCUCCGAGACGCACCCCGAGGAGAGCAUGUACAAGCGGCUGGACGUGGCGGCCUGGCUGCGGCACCUGAACGAGCUGGGCCAGGUGGAGGAGGGGUACAAACUGCGCAAGGCCAUUUUCUUCGGAGGCAUUGAUGUGUCAAUCCGGGGGGAGGUCUGGCCUUUCCUGCUGCGAUAUUACAACCACGAGUCCACGUCGCAGGAGAGGGAGGCACUGCGGGCGCAGAAGCGUCGGGAGUACGCUGAGAUCCAGCAGAAGAGGCUCUCCAUGACCCCGGAAGAGCACAGAGCCUUCUGGCGCGAUGUGCAGUUCACCGUGGACAAGGACGUGGUGCGGACGGAUCGCAGCAACCAGUUCUUCCGCGGCGAAGACAACCCGAACGUGGAGAGCAUGAGGAGGAUCCUGCUGAACUACGCCGUGUAUAACCCGGCCAUCGGCUACUUCCAGGGCAUGUCAGACCUGGUGGCGCCCAUCCUGGCCGAGGUCCUGGACGAAUCGGACACCUUCUGGUGCUUUGUGGGUCUGAUGCAGAACACGAUCUUCGUCAGCAGCCCUCGGGACGAGGACAUGGAGAAGCAGCUGCUCUACCUGCGGGAGCUGCUGCGGCUGACGCACGUGCGCUUCUACCAGCACCUGCUGUCGCUGGGCGAGGACGGCCUGCAGAUGCUCUUCUGCCACCGCUGGUUGCUGCUGUGCUUCAAGCGCGAGUUCCCCGAGGCCGAGGCGCUGCGGAUCUGGGAGGCCUGCUGGGCCCACUACCAGACCGAUUACUUCCACCUUUUCAUCUGCGUGGCCAUCGUGGCCAUCUACGGGGAUGACGUCAUUGAGCAGCAGCUGGCCACCGACCAGAUGCUCCUGCACUUCGGAAACCUGGCCAUGCACAUGAAUGGGGAGCUGGUUCUCCGGAAGGCGCGGAGCCUGCUGUACCAGUUCCGCCUCCUGCCCCGCAUCCCCUGCAGCCUGCAUGACCUGUGUAAGCUGUGCGGGACCGGCAUGUGGGACAGCGGCUACAUGCCCGCCGUGGAGUGCACGGGCCACCACCCGGGCUCGGAGAGCUGUCCCUACGGGGGCACCGUGGAGACGCCCUCGCCCAAGCCCCCCAGAGAAGGCAAGAAGGGCCGGAAGACGCCGCGGGAAGGCUUCGGUUUCCGCAGAUAGGCGGGGCUCCCCGCGCUGGACGAAGGUGGAGGGACCCCAGAGGGCCUGGGCAUGGGGGAGGGGUUGGGGAAUGGAUGUGGAGGGGUCAGGGGAGGGUGGAAAGGAAAGGGGAGACUUGGGGCAACAGGAACAGAACCUUUUUGUAUUACCGACAUAAGGCCAGAGAAAAGUCACCUAGCAGAAGAGCAGGGCCAGAAGGUGCGGUCCUUCCGCCUGGAGAGGGGGCCGGCUGGCUUCUCGGGUGUCUGCCUUUGGCGGGUCUCAGCGAGCCCCAGGGACUCCUCCAGCUCCGUCCAGGCAGGCAGCGCAGCCAGGCGGUGUGAAAGGAGCCGAGGGCCUGCUCACCCAGCAGCACAGGAAGGCAGAGCCGAAGGGGGUCCCGUCCAGCCCAGGGACAUUUGUGAGCUGAACAUGCCCCCUCAUCAGGGCCUAUUUCCUGAGCGGGCCAGUCGCAGCUUUGCACAGCUUCAAAGCUAAUACGAAGAUGUCUGGAAAAAGAAAAAAAGAAGAAACCCUGUGAUUUCAGAACAGACAAGUGUCAGAGCAGCCUGAGGGUCCGAGAAGCUGGGGGCUCUUCAGUGGCUGUGUACGUGUUUUAUCCUCCUGGGAUGUGAAGCAGUCUGCCUGCUGCUGAGCCCGAGACGUGGGCUGUUGGGGGUAGUCAGGCCCUUUCCCACGCUGGGGGCGCGUGUUCUCCACGAGGGUCUCAGACGUCGAGAUCAGCCUCACCAAACACGGCAGCCAGCUGGGGGCCGCAUGGGCUGGGCCGUGGGCGCGCAGGCGAAAUCCCCGCCCUCUGGGGGAGGCUGAGCCCCUGGGACGAGGCCUCCGAGAGGCCUGGAAGGACAUUUGCUUCCCUGCAGGGCCUGCGGAUGUGACCGUGGGCCUUCGCAGGUGGCCGGGCGCAGUGGCGGCCCUGUCAUAUAGCCGGCACUCCGGACACCGCUCCCACCUCCGGAAGAUUUCUGUCGGUUGCUCCUUUUGCAAUUUAGUGACAAUGGACAGAGGAAGGCGUGGGAGCCCCCAGCCGGCUGGAAAGCAUCCAGCGGUCUGCACAGAAAGCGAUUCUUGAGCUGGUGGGCUCAUGGAGGCUCGAAUCCUUCUCCAAUUCUCCUGCACACCCGGGAAGUGCCGAGAGUCCUGGAGGAGACACCGCCCUACGGAGGCUUCUGUCCGCGCUUCUCCCUGGAGAGCCAGCCACGCUGCUGGUGCCACGUUCAAAAGAUGUUUUUCGACGGGAGAGAGGAAGUUACCCGCCACCUUCUUCGAAGCUUGCCUGUUUCCAUGAGCUCAAGUCCUCCAGCAUCUCCGAGUUGCCAGAGCCUUCUGGGGAGAGCCCUCUGGAGCCCCCUCCGUCCCCGGGUCCUGGGGGGCUCACCGUUUCAGCCCUGCAGCAGGGUCCAGGCUGGGUGGGGUGGACUUCUCACCUGCUCAACGUCUGGGAAAAGGGGUUGGAUGCCUUUCUGUGCCGGCCCCCAGACUGCUGUGGAAAAGAUGCUGUACCGAUCCAGCCCUAGAAACCAUCUCGCCGUGAGGAGGAGCAUCGGCUAGCCACCCCUGCAACUGUGCCGCGUAGCGAAGGACCCCCAGACCCAUCUCCCACCCCAUGCAGGGUCAGCGGUUUAGACUGGGCACCUCUGGUCUUGGCUGGCUGUGUGCCCAUGUUUGGCUCAAAGGGGCUGCUCCUGUGUGUAGAGACCAGACCUGGCACUGUCUCUUGCCCACCCCCCUCCCCCGCAAGCUAACCUUGGUCAAGAUGAAAGUGCAGAAGCAGGAAUGCACAGGUGCCUUCCCAAGCCUCAGGGGAGGCCACCCUCGCUGACAUCUCAUUGCUAAAGCAAGUCCCAUGUCUGGACUCCGCAUCCAGAGCUGGGGAGUGGACCUUCCCUUUAGCAAGAGGAGCUGAAUGGUGAUGGCAGGGGACUAGGAAGUCCGAGGGGGAGGAAGUGGGCUGUGGGUAUGUGUGCCAUCCCCUCCAGGAGGUUUUGGUCCAAAUAGCCCUGUUUGGGAACUCUCCUGUCAGGGGGCAGGACUUCCCUUGUAAAGGCAGAAGAUGCCAAGGACGAAAAGGAUGCUUCUCAGCUCACCCCAUCUAGGAGGCAGCAGCCGCGCCUUUUACUGAGACACCUUGUGCCUUCGGGCUGCUGUGGAUUUGUUGGCAGGGGGGCGGCAGGUGUCCAGGGAUCCUUUCCCUUUGGAGGGUCCUGAGUACAAGGCAUUCGUGCUGAGUUCCGGCUCCCACAGCUCCCUGAGACAACGUACCAAGUGCCCCCCCCCACUGCUCCCGACGCACGCUCCUGUGCUGAGCCAGGCCCCCAGGAGAUCUGUGCCUCUAGAACAGCUGAAAUCUCAGGAACCGAAGCCCUAGGAGUAUGGGCGCUUGGAGGAAAGGAGGCUCUGGAGGGCUGGGGAAGGCCCGCCUUGCAGGGCUCCCUUAAUCUGGGUGCAUUUAGAGGAAGCCAGCCAAAAACCCUGCAGCCCCAGGAUUCUUCCCAGCCGGCAGAAAGCAUUAGGGUGAUAAUUCCGUCAUUAGACUUCUAGCCUUCCCACCUCCCAAACGUGCAAAUAUGGGAUAAUCAGCCCGGCACGGCCAUUGUCGGUGAUGCUGCUUAUUUAACCCAUUUUUUUAAAUGACACUUAAUGUUAUUGGCUGGUGUGCGUGCGCACGCAUACUUAAUUUCCCUCCCGCUAAUGUCUGUGCUGACGUUCCAGGAUGUUGCCGGGGCCCCUGGGAAGAGAGGGAGCCUUUGAUACGCUCCUGCUAGUGUAGAUGGGGCCGCAUGGCAGGGGCUCGCCGGCCCAGAGAGGGUUCCCGUUCCCAGAGAGGAAGGGACAGCGGGAGGGUGCUGGGAAGGGUAGGGGCCGCGCAGGCUGGCAGGGUUGCGUGUUCUUAGGUGCAGAGAACAGUGUUCUUAUUCCAGAAGGCUCCAACUCAAGUCCCAGCCAGGAAGAUUUGGAACCCACAAAUUGUGGGAUUUCUUGUCCUUGAGCCCAUCAGUGGGGAGUGGAUGGGGUUGGGAGGGGCCUCUCUGCACAGAGGACAGUCUGCGGUCCAGCAGGGGUGGCCCGGCUCCCUGGGGGCCUCCGUCUGCGUGCCAUGAGUGGGUGUGUUGUUCUGAUCGGCUGCGUGUCCAGCAGCACGGAGGUUUUCAAAUCCCAGACCUGAAGCACGUGUCCUUUGAGUUAUUCCAUAAGAGGCUAACCUGAAGCCCCAUCCGGGGAGGGCAGCUGGACAGGACAAAGCUUCUGGUCCUAAGACGGUGGCUUCUCCCAGGCUAGGUGGUGGGGGCUGGCAGAGGUCAGCCACUCUGAUCUUUGACAGGUGGCCGUCCAGAAAUGGGGCAAAGACUGGGGGCCAUCGUGGUGGGGGGUGGUGCUCUGUGGCUUCCCCCUUGGUUUUUGGGAGGCCCCUCCAAGCUCUCGUGGCCAUUCCUUGUUUGGUAGACAUGACCCGGAGCAUGGCAGGCUCAGGACGACGGGAAUGUGCUCACAGCGGAGCCCGGCCGAAGCCUCAGUCAUCCAUCUGGCACCCCUCCCCCGCAGGGAGGCUGGCGGGUGUCCGGGACACCAGGGUUCACGCGGCAAAGAGAAGGAAGCCUCUCCCAGUUUGCCCAGCAGAGGCCCCCGGUGGCCACCCCGUAGGGAGGAAGGAAGAGGCGUUCCCCCAGGAAGACCCACACACGUGCAGGGGUGUGGACUGGGCCAGAGGAGGUGGCCUGAGGCCAAGGGAGGGACGGGAAGGUCCAAUGCUGGGCAUGCCACAUCCCCAGAGACUAGGGAACCAGACCCAGGAUCCCCUGAGGCCGGUGUUUCUAAGCCACACGGCAAGGCUGUCCCUUGGAGUGAAAACAUUCUGUCCCUGGAUGUUCCUGGCUCAAAGGGAACGGCCCCAAAAUAAACAGCUCAUGUCCUCCCAAGUUGUGAAGGCUGAGGCCUGGGCUCCCUCUAGGGGGUGAGUGGGGUCGAGCCUCAGUUUCCCCAUCUGUAGAAUGAGAAGGUUGACACCCGCCACUCAGGGAAGAGUCCACUGACCUUGGCCUUCAGCAGCCUUGCCCGAGAGCCUCAACGUGCCCCCUGGCUCCAGAGCUCUCCCUGCUUUGGGAGUCAGCAACCCAUUCCCUCUCACGCCCACCUUGCUGCGUACCCGGCCGACGGGAAAUCUCUCUGUGCCUCUUCUGUAACAUUCACCCCACGCCCUCCACUCCUGCCACCACGAAAAGUCAACCACGAACCAUAACCUCAGCACCCCUGCAAGGCAUCUGCGUAGGCGUGCAAGGCUCUUCCGCGGGAAGGUGGUCCGUGCGGGCAAGGUCUUACCCUUCCGCAGAAACCCCCCGAGCGGGGACUCUGGCCUCCUGGGUCAGUACUGUUGGACCCCGGGAGGGGCCUCCCUCGGCCUUCAGGGAGCAGGGCAGGGGUGCACGCGGCCUGCGGGCAUCUGGCCCUUUAAAUAUGUGGCUUUGAAUUUCUAGGUGGGACGGGCGCCGUCAGAGCCCAGGGCCCUCCUCUCUCCAGAGGCUCUGCUCGGAGGGCAGGGCUCUGCCUUGAUCAGGUCCACCAUGAUUAACAGAUUACUCUUGUCCAUGGCAAGCAAUUCUUUGUGUUUUGUUUUGUUUCGUUUGUGAGUACAAUCACCUGUUGGGCCCCGCCCCCAACCCAGGACUGGUCACCACCACUCCAGCCGCACUUCUGCCUCCCGUGGAUUCCCCUGAAAAGUAAAUAAAACCACACUGACAACAGACA